AUGGCCACGCAGAUGAGUAAAAAAAGAAAGUUUGUAGCGGACGGAGUGUUCUUCGCCGAACUGAACGAGGUUCUGACACGUGAGUUGGCAGAGGAUGGUUACUCCGGCGUGGAGGUUAGGGUUACGCCUAUGCGCACUGAAAUCAUCAUCAGAGCCACCAGAACCCAAGCCGUUCUCGGUGAGAAGGGAAGGAGAAUUAGAGAACUGACCUCAGUGGUACAGAAGAGGUUCAAGUUUCCGGAGAACAGUGUUGAGCUUUAUGCUGAAAAGGUCAACAACAGAGGGCUCUGUGCCAUUGCCCAGGCUGAGUCUCUUCGCUACAAGCUCCUCGGUGGGCUUGCUGUUCGCAGAGCUUGCUAUGGUGUUUUAAGAUUUGUGAUGGAAAGUGGUGCCAAGGGAUGCGAGGUCAUUGUUAGUGGAAAAUUGAGAGCUCAGAGAGCCAAAUCCAUGAAGUUCAAGGACGGGUACAUGAUUUCUUCUGGACAACCAGUCAAGGAUUACAUUGACUCUGCUGUGAGACAUGUGCUCCUCAGACAGGGUGUUCUUGGUAUCAAGGUAAAGAUCAUGCUUGAUUGGGAUCCUAAAGGAAAGCAGGGUCCUAAAACUCCCCUUCCAGAUCUUGUCACUAUCCACACUCCAAAGGAAGAGGAAGAAUACAACCGGCCUGCUACAGCUCCUGCACCUCCUCCUGUUUUGGCCAAUGAUAUUGAGGUUCCUGUUGCUUAA